CAUCAGUACUGUCAAGCUGUCAUGAAGAUAUUUCUAUAUCUGUUUGAGAAAUAUUGCUGGGAGGAGACUCUUGAAGAUUAGUGUUAAAUGGCCAGCUGGCAGUACUGAGUAGGCAGUGUGAAUUGCUGUUUCCUUCUGAUGACUGAUGGCAGUGGUAUGUACCUGAAAAAUAAUGUAAUUAAAUAUUGAUUAAAUUUUCUGCGGAGAUGUUAUCCUAGUUUUCACACAGCUUCAGUCAUUUCUGAAAAAGCCAACAUUUCAAACAGUUUUCUAGAGGAAGCAGGAUCAGAUAUUGCCCUUUGCUGGAGAGAAAUUAUAUACAUGUGUCUGAUUGCUUUUGGUCUGGCAUGUGUUUUGCUGGUUUUACUUCGAUUCCUGGCUGGGUUCAUCAUUUGGUUUGUUAUAAUUUCACUCAGUUUGGCCAGCAUUGGUGUCACUAUCUAUGCAUGGUGUAUGUGGAAAGCGUAUAAAAAAGAAGUUGAAAAACUAGCCAGUGAUGAUUCUUCACGGUCAAUCAAAGAGGCUAAAGUAAAACAUUGGUUAGCAGGAGCUAUUGUGAUGACAAUUUUUACAGUGAUAUUUCUCUUAAUUGUCAUCAUUAUGAGAAAUCGAAUAAAACUGGUAGCAGCUUUAUUCAAAGAAGCAGGAAAAGCCAUUAUAUCCAUGCCCUUGAUACUACUUCAGCCAAUAUGGACAUUCUUAGUACUUGCUGCCGUUCUUGCUGGCUGGUUUGCUGGUUAUGUGUACAUCCACACAUCACAAGAUGUUGUAGUAGAUCCUGAAACCUCUUAUGUCUCCUACCAUAUCACAACGUUUUUCAAGGUGAUGAAGUGGUACCAUCUGCUUGCCUUUUUUUGGCUAACACAGUUCAUUAUUGCCUGCCAACACGUUGUGAUAGCUGGAUCUGUGGCUUCAUGGUUCUUCACAAGAGACAAGAGCCAGUUGGACUCACCAAUAUGGACAAGUUUCUAUCGAUUGGUCAGAUAUCAUCUUGGUUCAGUAGCAUUAGGGUCACUGCUUAUUGCUCUGCUCAAGUUAGUCCGAGCAAUUUUCAAAGGGCUGGAACGUCAGAUGACAAACCACCCAGACUACUGUAAAUACCUUCUGAAAUGUUGCCAGUGUUGUCUGUGGUGUUUUGAACGGUUUCUAGUGUUUAUCAACAGAAAUGCUCUUAUUGAAAUUGCAAUCUAUGGUUAUUCCUUCUGCAAGGGGGCACAGCAAGCUUUUCACUUGCUGUCAAGUAAUGUUCUGAGAGUGGCAGCUAUAAACUCACUUGGAGAUUUCAUCCUGCUUUUGGGAAAGGUUGGCGUUGCAGUCGCGACAGCCUUUGCUGGGCUUGAGAUUAUCAAGAAUAAAGAAGACCUCCAACACAGCUGGGUUCCUGUUACUAUAGGCUGUAUCUUUGCAUUUCUUAUUUCCCAUUGUUUUCUUGGGGUGUAUGAGAUGGCAAUCGAUACUUUAUUUUUGUGUUUCUGUGAAGAUUGUGAACGGAAUGAUGGAGUUGAAAAGCCAUACUACAUGAGUAGUGGUUUGAUGGUGUUUGUGGAAAACAGUAAAAAAGCCCUAGAAGCAGAAGAAAAUGGAAAGAAUGAAGGAGGCUGAUCCUACCCUUUCAUAGUCUUAUUUUGAAGAACAAAGCACCUUUAUUUAUAUUUGUGCAUCAAUUGUGAAUCUAACAUAAAGUGUUUUCUAUAAUUUUGGAUGUAUUUAUGUUUAUCAACAUACAAAUCCUUACAGGCCAAGUAAUGAUACAAUAGACCAAGUUCAAGCAACAUUAUUUUAAGUACAAGACUGCAGAGUUGGGCUGUGUAGGCCUAACAUUGUUAUAUUUUAUAUCAAUUUGAUUAAAUAUUAGAACAAAAACUCCUUCACAAAUCAUCAAUUACAAAAAUAUAAUUUCAGCCUUUGACAUUUUUUUCAUUGAAAAACGUUUUAGCUUUUGCAGAGUUAAUAAUGUAAAUUCAAAGUUAGUUGUCUUGGUUACUAAAAGCCAUUCUCCAGAACAACUUAAAUUAAAAUAAGUGCAAGCAUAGUUUUUCAUCAUUAUCUACCUUGUAUCAUUUCUAAAUAUUUCUAAAAAGACUGGAACACUGCUGAGUAAUUCUUUUCAUUCAAUUAAAGAUUUUUUUUUAUUAGCACUAAGAAUUUCAUAUGAAAUGGAAAAUUCUCACUUAGUCAUAGAUAUUUUUAUUAAAUGAUUCAUUGUUUUCCACAAAGAUGA